CACAUACACACGGUCGUAUAGGCUCCUGUUUAAACAGCGGCGUGUAUACGUAUUUAUUUAAUAUAAAAUAUAAUGUCAAAAGAACUAGAUACUGAGUUAUUAAUUGCUUUGAUAGUAGCUCGUCCUAUAUUAUGGGAUAAAACAUCACCAAUAUAUAAGAACAGAAAUGAGACGAAGGAAGCGUGGAAAGAAGUCUGUAUAGAAAUGAACAGCGAUUUCCAUGUUUAUAGUGAGGAAGAAAAAAAUAAAUAUGGUAAAGAGGUUGUAAAGAGGUGGGUCAACAUUCGGGAUGCAUUUAACAAGUUUUUGAAGAAAGAAAAAUCGUUCAAAAGUCUGGUUCUGGUGCCUCAACUUUAA